AUGUCAUCAGCAUUAAUUCAUACAUAUUUAUUAUCAUCUGUUGAAACAAAUUCAUUACUAUUAUCACACGUUCGUACUAUAAUUAAAUUUUAUAUAUGGCCAUUACUUGUUUUAUUUGGUUUAACUGGUAAUUGUUUAUCCAUACUUGUUUUAACUCGACGUCGUCUUAUAAGAACAAGUACAAAUAACUAUUUAACAAUCUUAGCUUUAUUUGAUUCAUGUUAUCUAAUAUUUACUCUACUACUUAAUUUUGCAUCACAUCCAAAAUUUUCUCAAUAUUCAUUUACACAAACAUUGUUAUAUCUCUUACGUCCAUUAGCUGAUUUUUCUUCAAAUACAGCUACAUGGUUAAUUGUUUGUUUUACACUUGAACGUACAUUAGCUGUUGCUAAACCAAUCUAUGCUAAACGUACAUGUUCAGUACGACGUUCACGUCGUGUUAUAUGUACUCUAUUAAUAAUGUGUUUUUUAGUUACAUUACCGACAUUUUUCGAACGAAAUUUAGUACGUGAAGAUCAUAAUAAUGAUAUAACGGAAACAAAUAAUUUAUUAAAACAUAAAGAUUUCUUUCUUCAUCUUCAUCGUGUAUAUUUAGUAUUUAUAUGUAUUGUUAUUAUAUGGAUACCACUUCUAGUACUUUGUGUAUGUAAUUCAAUUCUUAUAUGGUAUGUUCAUCGUUCCCGUCAUUUUGAUGAUGACAUACAAUCAUCAAACACUUAUGAUUCUGAUCAAAAUUCUUCAAGUUCAGUAAAUAAAACCGAAUAUUCCACAACAAAUCGUCGUCGAUCAUCAUCAUCUUCAGUAAAUAUAUCAAAUUCAUUUCAAUUACGUCGGCAUAGUCGUUCCGUACUUCGAAAACGUCGUGUAACUAUUGUAUUAAUAUUUUGUUUAUCUGUUGCACUUUUAUUAUGGACACCACAAAGUUUAUCAUUAACAUAUGAAACAUUAAUUGAAAAUUAUUCAAAUAUGUCAGAAGAACAUCGAGUUAUUUUAUUAAUAUUUAAUAAUUUUGCAAAUUUAUUUCUUUGUAUUAAUGCAUCAAUUGAUUUAAUACUUUAUUGUUUUUUAUCAGAAAAAUUUGCAAGAACAUGUCGACAAAUUAUAUGUCGACAAUGUUCAAAUAAUCCAACACAAAUCGGACCACGUCCUCGUUUAAUGUCAAUUGAUCGUACAUCCUAUGCUAUGGCAACUUCACCUACAAAUCAUCAACAACAACAAUUAGCAGCUAAUAGAACUAAUAAAUAUUAUGUACAAUUAUAUGAUUUUUAUCGAAAUUCAUCGGGUUUAAAAAAGAAUGAAAAUAAAAAAUGGAAAAAGAAAGUCGUUCGAACAAUAGCACCAAAUACUAAAUGUGAUAAUCAAAUAUUUUAUCAAAAAAAUCUAUCGAAUAAUAAACAAAAAAUCGUUCUAUUCAAGUCAUAUAAUAAAUCAACAAAUAUCAUUCCAAAUCCAGUAUUAGUUUCUAUAGAUGAAAAUACUAUAAAUAAUGAUGUGAAUGAUUCAAUUAAUACUUUACCAAUAAAUUCAAAUGGAAAGAUCUAA